CUUCCCUUCAUCUUUUUUGUUUCUCCCGCUCUGGAGCGCACAUGCGCGCCUCUCGAAGUCUCGAAGAAGAACACCCAGGCCUCGGGCAACAACACCCACGCCUCGAACAACAAGCCUUGAACAACAACACCCAGGCCUCCGACAACAAAAUACCUGACACCUGUACUUAAACAUCCAAUUCAUACAGGUGGAGCAGCGACGACUCCAGCAACGCCACCGAGUCGGACGUGACGUGUGUGCGCACACAUGAGAGAGAGGACGAGAGAGAGAGAGAGACAGAAGGAGGUUGGAUUGUUUGCACUGCGGGCGACAGGCAUAACAGUGCAACAUAGGAGAAGAAGACACAGAAGCAGUGAAGCACAUAAGAAAACGGAGAGGAGACACAGUUUACACAUACGCAGAGAGAGUCAUAGCCACUUGCAGACUGUGUAAAGUCGUUGGUGUCAAAUUUUUUCCCCUCAAUUGUCCCCCUGUGGAAUAUUCCUGCCAAAAUGCCGAUGAUUCCCGCCAAACAGUGGGUCCCGGCGGUCAUUGGAUCCUGCGUGAUCUCAGGAGUCUUCUGGCAUCUAACGAAAAAUGUCAAGAUCUUUGGAGGAGAAACGCCACGUACCCUCACAAAGGAAUGGCAAGAGGCAACGGAUAAAAUGAUGAGCAGUAUGCCUCGUGAAGGUGGUCCUAAUGUUAUUGUGAACCCUAUCAAACGGCAAAACUACCGAUAAAUUCCACUCUGCCGCUAUCCGGCGUCGAUGAAGACCUGUGGUCCAGGUAAGUGGGGAGAGUAGCUCGCUAGAUGUUUUUUCCAGCCCAUCAAAGAUAUUGCUGCAGGAUGGCAGCGGCUGCUGGGUACGGUUGCGGGCUAUGGCCGAUGCCGCUUCUCGACAGGAGAUGUGUUGUCUUUCCUGCGGCGACAUGGGUAUCAAAGGUCAGUGAAACACAAGUGAGGUGCACAUGCUAGGAAGGGGAGGGAGAGGGCGGUGCGGGGAGGAGGAUGAUUUGGCAGGCACAAAGGUUGCAACCUUCUCUUCCCUUCUCCCUUCUCAUCGGUUGAUGGUUUUCACGACUCGUUGAUCAUUUAUUGAAAGUAUAGGCUGUGUAUUGGACGCUUGCAUUCUUUUGCAGGCAGGCAUGGACUUUUGUCUACAGCAAGUCAUAUAGCACAGAUAGUAUGUGUUUUGUGUUUUUACCCGCAGGAACGCUGUUGUUGCGAAUUGCUGAACAAAGUUCAAACGAACCGUUGUCGUGUUGAUUUCUCAAUUGACCGAUGCUGUACAGUUCAGGUGGUAGAUGGCUGUGUGUCGUCGAUGCUGUGUUGCAGUGCUAUGGACAGCAUGGAUGAUAGAUCUUGGGCUUAACUUUGCUAACUUUGUGAUUCUCCUUGCGACCGUUUCAUAGGCCUCUGAACUGAAGAGGUUGCGGCAUGCCCAGUU